AUGGAUGGGUUCAAGCUGUGGUACUCAGGGAGUAAGAGGCGGCAGAAUGGAGUGGUCAUCUUAGUGAACGAGGAUCUUAGAAGGAAGGUGGUGGAGGUUAGGAGGGUUAAUGAUAGGCUAAUGACUAUUAAUUUGGUCGUUGGGGGGUUUACUUUGCAAGUGUGUAGUGUUUAUGCACCGCAAGCGGGCUUGGAUGAUGAGGUGAAAGCAAUUUUUUGGGAGCUUUUGGACGAGGUGGUGAGAAGCGUGCCUAGCUCAAAAAAAAUUGUCAUAGCAAGGGACUUUAAUGGCCAUAUUGGGAUUUUAUCUGGAGCCUAUAACGAUGUGCAUGGAGGCUUGGGUUUCGGUGAUAGGAAUGGGGAAAAAACUGCUCUGUUGGAGUUUGCGAGGGCUUUUAGUCUGGUGGUUUUGAACUCAAGAUUUUUGAAGAAAGAGGAUCACUUGGUUACCUUCCGAAGCACGAUAGCCAAGACUCAAAUUGACUUUUUGCUGCUUAGGAAGGGAGAUAGGGCCCUUUGUAAGGACUGUAAAGUCAUUCCGAGUGAGUAUCUUUCAACCCAGCAUAGGUUUCUGGUGAUGGAUUUGAUAAUCAAGAAGAGCAAGAAGAGAAGGGUCGGGAAGGGCCAACCUAGGAUUAAGUGA